CUCACUCGCACUCUUCCUUGCUCUCUCUUUCCCUCUUUCUCUACAGUGGCACUUGUUGAAUUCAACCCUUGGAGAAUAGAGAGAGGGGAGAGAAACAGAGGGAGAGAUAAUGACAGGGAGGUAGAGGGAGGCUUUUGAGAACAGAGACAGUGAGCAGAGAGAAUGGGGAUUUGGAGGGUAGACCGAUAGAGGAAAGGCUGGGUGAGGAGAGACACAGAAAAGUCAGUCAGACAGCGGAGAGAAUCAUCUCUGAAGCAGCGGGGAUGACAUUUUAAGUGAAAGAGAGAGUCAGCCAGACGGAGCACAUCAGAGUGCUCCCCCCUCCAUCUCUAACUGCACUUCGGCUGUCCUGCUCCUGACUGCUGCUGGUGUGUUUGUGCGUUUCAAGGCUCCAUGGUGCUUCUUAACCCGAGGACUGCCUUACACAGAUGCCUCUCUCAGCGGCAGAGUCUGCAUUGAAUAUCUGAAGCCUCAUCUUCCUCUUUCUCUCGGCCAACAUGUCCCAGCUGCUCCAUGUGGAGAUACCGAACUUUGGAGCCACAGUUCUGGGCUCCCUUAAUGAGCAGCGCCUGCUGGGACAUUACUGCGAUGUAUCCAUUCUGGUCAAAGGUCAGGCAUUCAAAGCCCACCGGGCCGUCUUGGCUGCCAGCAGCCUUUACUUUCGUGACCUCUUCAGCAGCUCCACCAAGACAGAGUUUGAGUUGCCCUCCUCAGUCACACCUGCUUGCUUUGAGCAGAUCCUCAGUUUCUGCUAUACAGGGAAGCUAACAAUGGCAGCUAGCGAACAGCUGGUGGUCAUGUACACAGCUGGCUACCUCCAAAUUCAGCAUAUAGUUGAAAGAGGCAUGGACCUAAUGUUCAAAGCCAACUCACCUCACUGUGACUCACAAACAGCAGGGUCUUUAGAGGAAACAGGAUCCGAACCGCAGAGUCCCUCCAAUAACGGUAAUGGCCUCGCAGUGGCCGCCCUUCUGGGAACCCAAGGCUGGUCUCCAUCUCUACUCCUGCCCCAACGCAAGAUUAAACUUGAAGGGGGUGAACCAACACCCUUGACGAUACCCUCGACACAAAGCAAGUUUUCAUCUUCGGAAUUGGGUAGUCGGCUGGCCAGGGCCAGUUCACUGUUCUACACGACGGCUGGAGGGACCCCAGUUCCUGGUCUGCCUCCUUACCACCUUCAAGGGCCUGUCGGAGGUGGAGCAGGAGGAGCAGGAGUGGAAAGGUCCAGUCCUGGAGCAUCCAGCCUGCCCACCACUGACAGCCCGACAUCCUACCAGAAUGAGGAUGAGGAGUUUGAGGAAGAGCCAUAUGAUGGGAUCACAGAGGAUGCCUAUAGUCAUCUCUAUGGGCGUGCAGCUAACCCCUAUGGGAUCCAGGACAAAACCGAUAUGGCAGCGUUGCCCUUGGCCUUGGAGAACCGCAACUGUGUGCUGAUCCGCCGGGACCUGGUGGCACUGCCUGCAAGCCUCAUCAGCCAGAUAGGCUACCGCUGCCACCCUAAGCUCUACACAGAGGGAGACCCCGGAGAGAAGCUGGAACUCGUAGCCGGUACACAGGUAUUCAUGACUCGAGGCCAGUUGAUGAACUGCCAUCUAUGUGCCGGUAUCAAACACAAAGUGUUGCUCCGCCGUCUGCUAGCUACAUUCUUUGAUAGAAACACUUUAGCCAAUAGCUGUGGGACAGGUAUCCGGUCCUCUACUAGUGACCCCAGUCGGAAACCCCUGGACAGCAGGGUCCUCAACGCUGUAAAACUCUACUGUCAAAAUUUCAACCCUAACUUCAAGGAGAGUGAAAUGAAUGUGAUUGCCGCCGACAUGUGCACAAAUGCAAGGCGUGUCCGCAAGCGAUGGUUACCCAAGAUCAAAUCCAUGCUGCCUGACGGCAUGGAGGUGUACCGCGCAGGAAUGGGCAUGGGUGCUGCUGUGGGUCUGGGUCUGGCACUGGGAGCCCCUCAAGCAGGGGUACCCCUCCCCUUCGAGCCAGACUUCAAGACCCUGGAGCAAAGGUUGUAUCCAGAUCGCAAAGAUCCUCUCAGGACUCGAGCACCGCUGACAGAGGGCAGUCCCGGCUCUGGGGCGCCUGGAGCAGAGGCUGAAGGCGAAGGUGAAGGAGUCAUACAGGAAGAGCAGGAGGAAGAUGAGGAUGAAGCUGGGCUAGAAGGUGUAGAAGGAUCACUGGGGGCACCAGCUCUGAUUCCAGGUGCUGAGGCGGGCAACUGUGGUGACACGCACAUGCCACACGAGCAACAAGUGGAGAGUUUUGAUCAAGGUCUGAGGGUGACUGGACAGUGAAUGCCUCUCACACAGUAAAAAUCUAACACCACAUUUUCUUUGGCAUGCAUCUCCUCCAGCACCCUUUCUUCUCGUCUGUGCUUCCUCAUCAGGAAAUAUCGGCACAAAACGCUGCGCUCAAAGAUUUCACUAACAAGAGAUUCGUCACACAUGCAUGUGCAUUUGUGUGCUUGUGUACACACAUACUUACUGAUAGGGGAAGUGGACACAGGCAUGGCGUUGGCACACGGAGACAUUUACUGAUUUCCACCAUUUUCUUUCGUAAACGCAAAUGUGUGCACUCUGUAUUUUAGCUCUCGCGGCAACAUAAGCAAGGCCUGGUUUCAGUGUAACAGAGAAGCAUCAGACGUGUGCUGCCGGUGCAUAGAAUGUAAUAUAAUGGCAUGUAAAACAAUUCACUUUUCCUUUGAAGUUGCAUUUGCAAAAGUUGGGGGGGGGGAUACAAAUUGGACAAAACACAGCUUUCAUUAAAAGUGAAGGUCAACUACUGUAUUCACACACAAAUAAAAUGAGCAUUUUUGCUUCCUGAUGAAUCAGGACAGCCGUUCAUGAUGAAGACGAGAAAAGAUUUUCUGGGAAGCCUAAAGACCUCACCAAAAUCUAACAAAUAGUCUGUCACAUGGACUUGUUUUUUCAUGCAUACUUUCCCAUGACACAUUGGAUUAGAUUGUCAAUGUGAUGCCUGUGUCUGCUCCAGAAGGCCCCUCCCAGUCACACACACACACACACACACAAACACAAACACACAUGUCCUCACAUUUCUUACCUUAUGAUACCAGUCUCUCAGAAAAAAGAAAAGAAAGUGACGCUUGUGUUUACGCGAACGACUCCUUUUCGAUGACCCGUUCCCGUCUUACCGUCACAGUGAGAGACACGGACAAGAACAAGCACUAACAUCCAAGCUUGCAUGCAUAAAAACAAACAGUGGAUACAGAAAACAGCGACAAAAGCAACAAGCCUGCAUCCUGAUAAAUAAGAAUACAGCUAGUGUUGCCUCAAGAUCUACCAUUAAUGCGCAAAAAGAACUGUCUUUUCAUCCCUCACAUGGACAUUGUUCACAGACCUCAGUCUGACACAUGUUAGAACUGACAUGGGUGUUUCCCAGAAUUGACUGUGUUUGUCACCGUAUUGAUUGGAUUUUUUUCUUUUUUCAUGCAACUACAGAGUGUCCUGUCACAGCAGGAAGAGGAGACUAUAUUAUAUGGGAUAGUAAGAGAAGUUCACUAUAACAAUGUAGUAGAAGAAAAGAUGCCAGAGAGAAGCGCUGUUUCACAUUGAUGUGGUGGUGUGAUUGGCACCAAUACUACAUAGUCCUGCUUCCAUCCUGUUUGUUUUUUUUCUUUUGGGAGGGCGGGGUUUGUUGGGGGGUAAAUUAUUGAAUAAAAUGUAUACGAGCAAUUUUUGCUGGCUAACUGCAUUUGCACAAAAAAAAAGUUUAAAGGUGGGUGACAAAGGAGUUUGGCAAAAUAUGAUCGUACUAAAGGACGAAAUUUUCCUCCACAUCUCCCCAAUUAUUUAUUUUAUUUGGAUAUUUUGGGUUUGGUAAGAAAGAAAUGUUUUUUUUUUCUGACAACGACUGUUUCUAAAAAAAGAUUCGGAUGGGAAUGCCAUGAAGCAACGUCGAACUGCAACUUAAGCCUGAAUUAUUUUCACAGCUAUUUUCUUUUUUCAUACAUAUAUACAUAUAUUCACACACAUAUAUUUUUAUGCUUUCUGCCACGUGCAAGGACACAGUCCAAACAUCAGUUUUUCUUUCCCCCUUUGUUUUGUGAAAGUGAUUUUAAGUGCUAUACUGUUGUGUAUCUUUUUUUCGGUUUACUGGAUUUUCUGCUCGGCGGAACAAGAUCAUUUAUCAAAUCUAGACAACACCACCCCCCUAAAUUUAUUUUAAAUCAUCGCCAAUGUUUUAGAAAGUACAACAGAUUAUGAAGUGGUUGAAAAAUUGUAUUACUCAGCUCUUUUCCCCCCACAGAAUCUCAUUAUACUAUGUGAACAACUGAGCAGAAAGUACAGUAUAUGCCCUUAAUAUACAGUAUUUGAUCUAGAUCUCACUUCGAAGGUUGGGCCAGGUUAUUCUCUGUCUGUGCUCUUCAUAUCUUUGGGGGAAAGCUUUACGAUGACCCUGCACAAGAAACACAGGGUUAAAAAAAUGCACUAGGUAAUAAUGAUGACGUUUACAGGUUUCCUGUUUUUUUUCUUUUUCUUUUUUCUUUUUGGAAGAAAUGUGAUCUGCCAUCGAUGAAACAGAGCUGUGACCGAGUGGCUGAUGAUGAUGGAUGAAUGUAAACUGUAGCACUGCGUUAGUGAGGGCUCCAAGCCUUGACUGAAUAUGGUUAAAUACUGAAUCUUCUUUUUUUUAUAUCCCUUACUUCUUUCCUUAAUUGUACUCUUGAAAUUGGCCAUAGUAUAAAAUAUUUCUGACUGGCAUGAAGAUGAUGGAGUUUGUGAUUUUUAUUUAAAAAAACAAAACAAAAAACAACAAAAAAAACUAACAAAACCCCCCCAAAAACAAGGUCUUCCAAAGUGACUUGACAGAGACACCAAGGAGCAUUUCUCUAAUACGUAGACAGCUGAGUGAGUUCAAGCACAGGCUUUUAUUACUCCACUGUUUAUACUAUCAUCAUCCCAACAGUUGUACACUAUGUCCCUAAUGUUGAACUGAAAGUUUUCUGUAUUCAUCUCACCAUUCAGUAAAUGAAUUCUUACGUCAUUUUUAAUUUAUUAAGAUACAGUUACAAAGUUGCUCUUGUAAAACGAUAUAAUAAUAAAUGCAUUCAGUUGUUUGUUGGAGCCACUGCCUUAAUGCGCUUGUGAUUUUGUCCCUCAAGGUAACAAUCUUUCCAAACUAUUUUACAUAUACUCCAAUUCUUGGAUUACUGCCAUAGCCCCGAAAGUAAACCCCCUUAACUUCAUUGGUAAAUGUGUAUUUUUAAUCAUAUUGUCAUACACAUUUGAUUAAUCUAUUCUUUAGGCUUUAUGAAGAUCUCCUUUUUUAAAAACAGGUUAUUUUUUUUCUUUCAGGAGUUUGAAAUGACGUACCCCGCAGAGUAGAAAUAAAGAGGUGAGGAGCAGUGCCUUAGAUUGUGAGUGUGUGUGUGUGCGUGGAUGUUACGAUGUGAAACUUUAUGACAAGAGAGUAAUAGGUGACAAGACAGGAUUAGUAGUCUUUCCAGAACUGCAAUAUUAUGCAUGCAAUAAUAAUAAUAAUGAUCUUUUAAUAGGGUCACUUUACGGGAGCAAGUGUGCAAGUUCACCAGCCAGAUUAACCGUUAAUCCACAGCAAAGUAGAUCUCAGAGACUUGCGCCAAAAACAGCCAAAUCUUAUGUCACGUAUGAUAUGAACGAGUCAGACUUGCUUUUGCACGCACAUGUCAUUUUUAAAUAGUCUUUACGUACAAAACAAUAACGCAUACGUACAUAUUUUUCAUUGUGUAUUGAUAUUGCAGAUGUUUUGCAUUCACUUCGUCCACUGUUUUUCAGCUUAACUGCAAAAAUAUGUCUGACUCAGUCCCAGCCAACAAAAAAAUACCUACCUUUUUUAGACUAUUUUCUUGCUUCUCUUCUGCUUGGGUUGCUUCUUGUGCAGGGUAAAUUUGAACGGGAAUAAGGUUGCACUAAAAAAAAAACUGAGAGAUUCUCAGAGAAUGUCAUGGCUGACCCUUUGGGACGAUGAGCUCUAUUUAAUGUGGCUGAGUGAUAAAGUCCUGUAAAAUGUACAGUAUAUAAUGUAUGUUUUUUUGUUUUUGUUUUUUUCUUUUUGAUUGAAAGCAGAGUUUCUUUCAUGGCAAACGGAGAGGAGUUUUUAACCACACCAUCACAACACCUGCAUGGCCACACCAUAUAAAAGGAUUGGAAAUGGGUCGCAUUGGAUACUGUAAAACCAAUGGGCAUAGUUGUUUUUUUGUCACUCUUAAUGGUUGAUUUUGAAAACAAUACAUUUAUAUGCAAAGAGACACUUGUAUCAUAAAAUGCAUGCCAUCCAGAAACUCGCUCUAACCCGAUGAAACCUCUGAUCUUUAUGCACCAUGUAUUUUAUGCUGAGAACCUGUUGUCACUGUUAGCAAACUAAGACUGUGGACUCUUGCAAUGAGUAGGGUUGUAUUUUUACCACACAACCUGGCCUUUUAUUGAAUGUUCACCUCUUGUGAUGAUAACAGAAAUGUAGUGUCAAAGAGUGGGAUACACGCAGACUAACUACCCAGUUGAGUGUGCAUUUGAACCUUCAACAGACUCAGAGAACGUGCACUAAAAGUUUAUACAGUAUGUAUAUGUUUGUGUCCUUGAUAAAGCCAGCACUUUAGAACUACUAAAUGAAACUAAACUAAAUGAAAGAAAAGAAAAAAAUCGUAGAGUGACCAAGGGUUAGGUAAAUAUGGGGGGAAAUGCAACUUAUAAAGCCAUGUGUUCAGAGCGCUGACAAUCAGAAUAGGGAUGAGACAAAGUGCACUAAGGGAGAUCUGACAUGACUUGCUGUGCUCCUGCUAUUUGCUUCGUCUUUCUCCAGCUUGCUUUGGUCUCUGCUAGCUUACUCUCCAGAGCGGAGGCUUAUUAUGAUGUUAACGCCAGCCUUCUAUAGUCAUAAGCAUUUGUCUCUGCAACAAGGACUGACAUAUAUGUGACUGAUACCUUGGUGCUUUUGGGAACAGAGCUGUUCCAUGUUGACAUGGGCCAUAUCUGCAAUGCUCUGGUAAGCAUGGGCUGAACUUGGUCCUAAGUCUGGGCUCAUUGGUGAACUCUUGACGGAUAAGAGUUCAAGUAGACGACUAAAGAGGACCUUAUCAUGCAACUCUACACUUUGAUCAUGGCAAGGUUCUUCGCUAUCAACAACAAGGCCUGCACCAGGCACACUGGGGUUGGACAAUUACAGUGUCGAUGCUGCUUUAUGUUGAAAAUGAAAAAAAAAAAAUGUUUAUGCUCCUUCUGAAUCAAGCAUCAAUAAUAUAUAAAAACAAAAAUGCAAGUUGCCACUUUUGAUGUUGCAAAAGUUUCAUUCCCAUCAUGGUAUUUGCCACCACCAGUUUCAGUUGUGUAGUCUAAGAGUAACUGGUUUCUUUAAAUGCAAUACAGAAAAAUCUGCUUUCUAAUAAAAGUCCUUACUUCACCAUA